ACAGUCUUUCUGUAGCAUAGGAACCAGCUCAAGCAUUCGGCUCUCAGGCUGCUCCCUUGAGCUGCGUCCUAGCCACCAUGCAGCAUGCCCAAGAGGAUCCAACUGCACCCGCAGAAGAAGAUGAUGCCUUUGGGGAAGGAAUAUCUUCCAGGCUCCCGGAAAUCAUGUCAAUAGGAUCACAUUCAUUCUCUCCAGGAGGUCCUAAUGGGAUUAUUAGGAGCCAAUCCUUUGCUGGCUUCAGCGGUCUUCAAGAAAGACGCUCCAGGUGCAACUCUUUUAUUGAAAAUUCCUCUGCACUCAAGAAGCCCCAAGCAAAGGUGAAGAAAAUGCAUAAUUUGGGCCAUAAGAACAGCACCACACCUAAAGAGCCCCAGCCUAAAAGGAUGGAAGAAGUCUACAGAGCCUUAAAGAAUGGCCUGGAUGAGUAUCUGGAAGUUCACCAGACAGAGCUGGAUAAGUUGACUUCUCAGCUAAAAGACAUGAAAAGAAACUCACGCCUGGGAGUCCUGUAUGAUUUAGAUAAGCAAAUCAAAGCGGUUGAAAGAUACAUGAGAAGGCUGGAGUUCCACAUUAGCAAGGUGGAUGAGCUUUAUGAAGCAUAUUGUAUCCAAAGACGUCUCUGUGAUGGUGCCAGCAAAAUGAAGCAAGCCUUUGCAAUGUCUCCUGCCAGCAAAGCAGCUCGAGAGAGUUUAACAGAAAUCAAUAGGAGUUACAAAGAGUACACAGAGAACAUGUGUACCAUAGAAGCAGAGCUGGAAAACCUAUUGGGGGAGUUUUGCAUCAAGAUGAAAGGUCUGGCCGGCUUUGCUCGUCUGUGUCCAGGAGAUCAAUAUGAGAUUUUUAUGCGUUAUGGUCGCCAGCGAUGGAAACUGAAAGGCAAAAUAGAGGUGAAUGGUAAGCAAAGCUGGGAUGGAGAAGAAAUGGUUUUCCUCCCUCUCAUCGUUGGACUGAUCUCCAUUAAGGUCACAGAAGUUAAAGGACUUGCUACUCACAUCCUUGUGGGAAGUGUUACUUGUGAAACAAAAGACCUGUUUGCAGCUCGCCCUCAGGUGGUUGCAGUAGACAUUAACGACCUUGGCACAAUAAAGCUGAACCUUGAAAUCACCUGGUACCCAUUUGAUGUUGAAGACUUGACCCCCUCCACAGGAAAUGUGAGUAAGGCAUCUGCUCUCCAAAGAAGAAUGUCUAUGUACAGCCAAGGCACUCCAGAAACGCCAACCUUCAAGGACCACUCAUUCUUUUCAAAUUUGCCAGAUGAUGUCUUUGAAAAUGGAACAGCAACCACUGAGAAGCGGCCUCUUUCUUUCACUUUUGGCGACCUGCCUUAUGAAGACCACGCAUCCCCUGCCAAUUCAGCAGACUCCUCUUCUGCCCAUGUCAGUUCCAGCCCCAAUAUCAUGGCUACCCCUGCCCAACACCCAGCUCUCAAGUCCUCCAAAAGCUCAAGCCUGGACUGUAGCAGCACUGACUCCUGCAGAGACUCAGUCUCUGAGCCUAAGGACCUGAUGUCCCAGGUAGAGGGAGCAGUGAUUGAGAACAAGGCAACUCCAAGGGCAGCUUCUGAAGAUUGCCAAAAACCCUCCAAUGCCGAGAGUGAUCAUGUCUUCAUAGAAACAAGUGUCCCGGUGUCUCUCCUGCAGGACACAGAUGAAGGUUCAGAGCUAAAACCGGUGGAACUGGAUACCUAUGAGGGCAACAUCACAAAGCAGCUGGUGAAAAGGCUUACGUCAGCAGAGGCACCCAUGACCCCAGAGAGGCUGCCGUGUGAGGGAUCGAUAAGUGGGGAAUCAGAAGGAUAUAAGUCUUAUCUCGAUGGAAGUAUAGAAGAAGCCUUUCAAGGGCUUCUCUUAGCUCUGGAGCCACAUAAAGAGCAGUAUAAAGAGUUUCAGGACCUGGACCAAGAAGUGAUGCAUCUGGAUGACAUCCUAAAAUGCAAGCCAGCAGUAAACCGAAGCAGGUCCUCCAGUUUAAGUCUAACAGUUGAAAGUGCUUUAGAAAGCUUUGAUUUCCUGAACACCUCUGACUUUGAUGAUGAGGAUGGUGGUGGUGAGGAGGUUUGUAAUGGUGGAGGAGUUGCAGACUCAGUAUUUUCAGAUACUGAGAUUGAGAAGAAUAGUUACAGGCCAGAGCACCCCGAAGCCAGAGGCCACCUCAGUGAAGCUCUCACCGAAGACACGGGUGUUGGCACCAGUGUUGCUGGCAGUCCUCUUCCACUGACCACAGGAAAUGACAGCCUUGAUAUAACUAUAGUUAAGCACUUGCAAUAUUGUACACAGCUCAUUCAGCAAAUUGUGUUCUCCAAUAAAACACCAUUUGUAGCAAGAGACCUCCUGGAUAAACUAUCUAGGCAGAUCCUAGUGAUGGAGAAUAUUGCAGAGAUCAGCACUGAGAACUUGGGAAACCUCACCUCCCUUACUGAUGCAAUUCCAGAGUUUCACAAGAAGCUGUCAUUACUGGCUUUCUGGACAAAAUGUACUGGUCCUUCAGGAGUGUAUCAUACAUCUGCAGACAAGAUGAUGAAGCAGCUGGAUAUCAGUUUUGCCACCACUGUGAAUGAAGAAUGUCCAGGGCUUGCAGAAACAGUCUUCAGAAUUCUGGUGUCUCAGAUCCUGGACCGAACAGAGCCCGUCCUCUACUCCAGUAUGUCCUCAGAAAUCAUAACAGUCUUUCAGUAUUACAACUAUUUUGCCAGCCAUAGUGUUAAUGACCUUGGAAGCUAUUUGCUGCAGCUUGCAAAAGAAGCCUCUGUGGUUCAGAUGCUGCAGUCAGUGAAAGAUGGGAAACUGCAGCAGAACAUGGCCAAAAUAAAUUCUAAUAACCUUCCACCACAACAAGAAGUAUUGAGAGCUCUGGCUUUACUUCUGACCGAAAAUAAAAAUGAAGUCAGUGAGACUGUGGCAUCACUUUUGACAGCUACAGCAGAAAACAGGCACUUCAGGGAGAAGGCCUUGAUUUACUACUGUGAAGCACUUACCCAGCCCAACCUCCAGCUGCAGAAAGCAGCUUGCCUGGCUCUGAGAUACCUCAAAGCUACUGAGAGUAUUAAAAUGCUAGUCACGCUCUGCCAGUGUGACAAUGAAGAAAUCAGGAAAGUGGCAUCUGAAACCCUGCUCUCACUUGGUGAAGACGGGAGACUGGCAUAUGAACAGCUGGACAGAUUCCCUCGGGAAUUUGUUAAAGUUGGAAGUCGCCGUGGAAUGGAAGCUGCCACAGCUUUUUAGAUGGAAAAGAACCUGCCUAAAAUUUAAGUCAUUAAACUAGGACAGAGCUGUAAUUAAGUAUGGGAAGUAGAAGGAAGACUUGGAAGAAUUCUAUGAGAAUGUCCUGAAAUGUAGCAAUUUACGGACCUUUUAAGGAAAAGCAAAAUGUAAGAUCCAGCUAUAGAGUUCCUUUUGGCUCCUCUAUGCAGCUUAUGAUGGAAUAGUUGGAUGCUGGGGAACAAUAAUUUCUUGACUGAUCCAUAAUAAAUAAUGUAUUUGCAGUUAUUCAGCCUCAGCAAACUUCUCUGAGUUUUUAAAACCUGGCAUCUUCAUAUAUUUUACAGAAUAUUAUAUUUGCUUCUUUUAAGUUGUUGUGAAAGCUUGAAAUAUGUGAUGCUGUAUCUAAAAAGGACAAGUAGGAGGCCACCUGAGCAGAACUACAAAGAAGCUUUCUCUUCAACUAUGAGCUAAGUGUCUGCUGCCUCAUGGUGUCCCCAGCAACACUCCAGGAGCACAGAACACCACUUGGCUUUCUCAGUUUUGUCUCAAUAAUGAAAUAUAAAACAAGUUUCCUCAAGUUUUGCCUCCAGAAACGGCAUUAUGUAAACCCUGGGAGGUGUCACUUUAGUGACUCAUUCUAAAUGCCUUUGCUGGUCUUUUAUUUCCUUUCUCUUGCCCUCCAACAAUGAAACAUCAUUAAUCCAGGGAUUUGCUAGGGGUAUCAAGCAAUCAUGUAGGUUUGGAUAAACUAAACCAAAAGGUAAAGAGCUUUUUUUUUUUUCCACCCCCUUCAGGAAGAAAAAGUGAGUACAACUAAUUGCACAAGUCCCCAAAGCCAUUUUGUUCUGCAGGUUGCAAGCAGGAUUGGAUUUCAUGCACUCUAAUUAGUGCAUGAUAGCUUCUAUAAAGUGAUUUCAAUAUAAAGAAUUAGAACAAACUAAAGUGGACCUUUGAGGCAGUAAUAAACAGAGUAUGAGGUGAAUGCAUUCUCUUCCCUCACUGCAAAAAUGAAAGACAGUGCUUCAAGCUGUUGAUUAUGAGCCUUAAGUUAACAGAGAAAGAGAUGAAUAGAAUUUAACAGAAGAGUGUUCCUGUACUGUGUUCAUUAUGCAUGAAAUGCUAUUUAGAUGUCAAUUAAAGUAUCCAGAUUUGCAUAAUUAUAUAAAAAAAGAUUGCAAACAACUCACGUCAAAAAGAAGCCUUAUGCGCCAAACACAUUUGGCAGGCAGGAUUUUUGUUUUGUUUCAGGUUUUUUACUGUGAAUGUUACAGUGUACAUAUCUGUAUAUUUAUAAAAAUAUAUAUUCUUCCUUUAAUUAAAAAAGUACAUUUGUACAGUUCAAAAUGGUUACUUGUUUACUGAAGGGUACAGACUCUUUUUACAGAAGGUGAAAUAACCAUGUUAUGGUUUUUAUAACACAUCUGUCCCAUGAGCUGAAUUCUCCAAGGUGUUCUUUUGUACUGACUUCUGCUAUUUUUUUUUUGCCUUUAGUUUUGUGAUAUUUGUACUCACCAUAUUUCCUAUCACAUUUAAGUUAUAAUAAAGAUUAUUUUUUAAUUACUAA